AGUCGUGUACUUCCCACAUCCUACUUUGCUUCCGCUACAUCUUGAGAGUUCUUUAUGACAAAAUAACUCGAAUUUGAAGUGUAAGGUCGAAGUCGCUUCCAAAUGCUGAAAAAAAUAGAAGCGUUAUCACUGCCAAAAUGACCCAUUUAUCGCUUCUUCAAAAAUGGAAAAGUGAAGAAAUGUCCUCAGGAAAUUAAUUGAAGGAGGGCCGAAGGGAGCAAAAAUUUUGAAAUGCGAAACCCCACACGUCACUCGGCGAAAGGCCAGAGUACAUUACGAGGAAAACUCAAACUACAAAUCCCCGCCGGUAGCUGAUAAUAAAUGAGCUUUAAACAAAGAAGGGAUAUGGAAAAAUGAAUUUUCCCGCAUGGAGGGUGAACAUUUCAACCAUGGAAAUUAAUUUGAUUUGUUAGCCUUAGUAGACAUAGAAGGCAAGCGCAUUUUAAAUUACUGUGGGAAUAGGCCAUUAUACGUCUUUAAAUUGAAAAGAACAUAUAAAGACUCAAAUCAAACCGAUUUAAAAAAUUACAAUGACAGACAUCCACUUUGUGGUCGAUCUAAAUUCCCAAGGGGUACAAACAAUUGUUUUUUUACGUGACGUAACAAGAAAUGGUAACGCAACACUGCCACGUGGUAAACGUAGAAAUCUAUUUGUGUCUGGCCAGUCCUGGCGUGUGAACUGUUUUCAAUUGGACGUGCCAACGUUGCGCUAAAACAGAUUUUGCCAAGAGAGCUUUGCUGAGUCUUUACAAAACGGGUGACUGAACAGAGAAAACAGCAAAAGAAGGCCGAAACACGAUCACCGCAUAAAAAUGGCCUCUAAAGCGUUCUCGAUCCAAGCAGAAGGCAUCGCUAUGACGGAACAAGAUCCCACAGCACCCCAACCAACGGUUGUGCGUUUCGACGAACGUUCGGGUCUGUUAUCCCGUUCAAACGACCAGAAAUCCCCUAUGUCUUCAAGCAGGGUUGGAGCUGGUUCUCUGCGAGCUGGCUUUUCUCAGAGCGUUAAAAAUCUGAAAUCAGCCACCCUGACUGUUUCGUUGUUGGAGAAACCGUCCGAUGACAGACGUGCCUCCGCGUUCCUCGCCGGCUGGAACGUAACGAACCUCAUUCAAGGCACAGGUAUCCUUGGGGUUCCCUAUGCAGUGCGUAUGGGAGGAUGGGCGGCUGUAGCUGCUAACGCCAAAAUCGCCUUUCUAUGUUGCUACACUGGUAAACUGUUGAUAGAGUGCUUGUAUGAGAGAUCCAAGACAACGCAGAUGGUGAAACGGGUCCGAGUUAACUACCCGGAUGUCGGGGAAGCCGUAUGGCCCGGUUGGGGGAAUCGGAUCGUUAGCGUGGUGCAGUUCUGCGAGAUGUUUGGAGGGGUGAUUUCUUACCUUGUUCUACUGGGUACCAUAUUUAGCGACAUCUUGAGCAAGUCUAGAACCUUGAAUUUUGAUAUCUACACUUGGUCUUCCAUCUGUGCCUGCAUUGCACUCCCUGGCUUCUUCCUUCGCCGUGUGUCAGUCAUUCCUUGGAUCAGCAUGAUAUCUGUCUUUGCACUGAUGUCAUCAAUCAUCACAAUCAUCAUAUACUCCAUAACACAGUACAAGGAAAUGUCUAUUGACAAGGUUCCUAGAUUUAAUAUCACUAAAUUCCCUAUCGGGUUUGGAGUCAUUGUUUUCAGUUAUACAGCCCAUGCGGUAUUCCCAGGGGUGGAGGGAAGCAUGCGACGUCCUGAGCAGUACCCCAUGAUGAUGAAUGUUGCAUUUCUACUGGCUGUUAUUGUCAAAGUGGCAUUUGGCCUUCUUCCUGUGCUGCGAUUUGGAGAGGACACGAACCAAGCUAUUACUAUCAACCUGAAGACCAAUGGGUUUUUCUAUGUUCUGGCUAAUGCUUUGGUUGUGACGAAUGUGUUCACAGCUUUCCCUAUUGUAAGCUACAUAGUGUUGGAAACUGUUGAUAACAAACUCCUACCAUACUUCCCACACCUGCAGCGAGAGACAAAGUAUCACUGGCUAUGGAUCUUAAUAUCUCGUCCACUUGUCUUAACCUUUGGCCUCCUUAUGGCCAUCAUCAUACCCCAUUUUGGCUUAUUCAUGGGUUUUGUUGGAAGUUUUACGGGUACAUGUCUCUGUUUUAUAUUCCCCUGUAUUUUCCACAUGGUUCUGAAGUGGAAAGAGCUGAGAUGGUACAACAUCAUAGCCAGGGUUUAUGUGAUAGUUUUUGGCUUAGUCUGUGGGGUCUUUGGCAUUGUUUUCACUGGCAGAGAGCUCAGAAAUGCUGUUAGUGGAAUAUGAGUCACCUUGAUCUCAUGUUUAGACGUGUCAAUCCUACAGUCUUUCUGAUAUUGCGCAAAAAGAAAAAAACUGUGCAGGCUUUGAGAAGGCCAAAUUAUACAAAAGAAACCUUAAUUAUGGAGCAAAUGAACAGAUUUUGUCACUGAAGGUUGUAAUAGACAUGGGUUGUAAAAGGACUACCGAUGACAAAAUAGUUAGAAUUCGUAUUGUUUGGUACAACAAACCCAAUGAGUAAAUUCUUUACAGAUUACAGUGACAGUAGACUACCCAUAAUCAACCGUGAGGGAAACCUUGUAGGUAGACUUGAUAUGAUCACUAUAAGAAUAACAAAACAUGAAAGUUUCAGAGGCUCUGCAUUAUAUUUCCAAAUCAAAACAGAUGUUAACUGGCUUCUUAGUGAGUACAUUUUUCCAGACCUUGCAUUAUUUGGUGAAUUUUGAGAUUUCUCAUGUAUUUUGCAUUCAACAUGGUUUGAGAUCCAGAUUACAUCUUUUUAUAAUGUCCAAGGCCUAUAGCUAGAAUUGUUUCUGUGCUAUUUUGUAAUCAAUUAAUAAAUCCAGUGUAUUUACUUGAAUACCUUGGACAAGAAGUGCAAGUAAUGCUCAAUUUUCUUUUCUUUUUGUGAAACAUGAUUGAAUCAUCAAUAUAUUUUCAAUUUAUAAUCAUUUCUGCAUAAUAGAUUUUUGCGCAGAGGUAAAAGAAUGCAAGAAAUCAUGCAAGAAAGGACAUGAUUUUCAUGUCAAUGGUAAAUUUAAGGUUUAGGGGAACUCUUGAAAAAUUAAUUAGCAAUUGUUGCAGAAGGGGAUUCACCCUUGAAAAAAUUCACAGUUUUGUAUAAUUCUCUCUUCCAAACUGUUAUGGUCAUUUGUUCACAAUAUUUGGGUUGAGGUCUUUGACUUAGUAUCUUAUUUUUGUCAAACUGUUAGUUAAGACUUGAUCAUGUAACCAUUUCUGUUUUGAGGAAAUUGAUGAUAAGCCAACACAAAAAUGUUCUCCAGUGUUUUAAGUUGAUGAUUUGACUCAAAUUGGAGAAAAUUGAUUUGUUAACCCAUUAACUCUCAUGAGUGACCAAGACAGAAUUUCUCCUUAC